GAGGUGUCCGUCGCUCUUCAGUCUCGCUCUUCCAGGAAGGGAUUAUUAACCAACGCGCCGCCGACAUGUGAAGGAAAACACACGCAGACAAAAGAAGUUUGGACGCCGACAGCCGCGCAAUGGAGCCGGUCAGCAGCUAAAAACAGACUGGCUUCAUGAAAACACAACAACUUCUCCUAGAAUAACAAGGCGAUCGGUCGGGUUUGCCGCUUCUGACGCUGCUGCGCCGCUUUUACCAGCAAAAAAAAAAAACAACACACACACACACACACAGCAGAGCAGAUAGAAGAAGAGAACCAAGGGAAAAGUGGAAGGAGACGGAGUGAAGUUGACGGGAGAUAAUGUCUGAACCCUCCUCCGCUGCGACCAAGCAGGAGAGGAGCUCUUUCAGUCCUUCCGCGAACCCGCUGCCAAACUCCACUUCCUCCCCCAUCCAUGCUCCCGCCGCGAGGCCAGCCAGUCGAAUGGAGGACGAGCCUGCCAGGCUGCCUGCGCACCUGCGUCUGCAACCCGUGUUCUGGAGCAGGGAGGAUGUGGCCCAAUGGUUGCGAUGGGCUGAGAAGGAGUUCGCCUUGCGACCAAUCACCAGCGGCUCCUUCCAGAUGAACGGCAAAGCUCUUCUGCUGCUCACAAAGGAGGACUUCCGCUACCGAUCACCGCACUCCGGUGAUGUCCUAUACGAGCUGCUGCAACACAUCCUGAAGCAGAGGAAGCCCCAUGUGUUCUACCCGUCCGCCUACUUCCCUGGGAACUCCUUCCACUUGCAACCUGAAAGCGCUGUGCCGCAUCUGAAACUCGAAGAAACGGUACGGCGUACACCACGUGGGACAGAGCCACUCCCCCAGCAUCCACCAACCAUCGAACUAAGGCACCGCUCCCGUUCUCCUCACCACGCAGCCCCCCGGCGAUCCCCUCCAGAACCAAACCACCCCCGCCCCACUAAUGAUGAUCCCCUCCAGACCUUCUCCCAGCUGCCCGACAGCAACCACCACCUGCCUGAGGACAUGUAUCCUUUGUCUGUGUCUCCAGCUGCACCAAACGGGCGCUGCGUGACGCCCCGAGAAGCCCCCUGCCCGGGCAGUCCGGGGGGCCAGGAGGCAGGCCCUCCUCGCGUCAUUCAGCUCAUGCCCAGCCCCAUCAUGAACCCUCUGCUCCUCAGCCCAAUCCGGACCGGAGGGGGGGCCGCCUUGGACUUCAGGCACAGCCGGGGUGGACCCCCCUCUCAGGUGACGCUCGAGAAUGGGCGUGAAGGGAAAAUUCACAGCCACCACCAUCAAGUACCACUGACCCAGCAGCAGCAUCAGCAGCAGCAUCUACUGCAGCAGGAGGAGACGCUCUACAGGAACCAUGUCAUCAUGCCCGUGUCUCCUCCAGAGGAGCAGAUGCCCAUUGGACGGAUAGCAGACUGCAGACUGCUGUGGGACUACGUCUACCAGCUCCUGUCAGACAGUCGGUACGAGAACUACAUCCGCUGGGAGGAUCCAGAGAACAAAGUCUUCCGCAUCAUGGACCCCAAUGGCCUGGCCAGGCUCUGGGGCAAUCACAAAAACAGGACAAAUAUGACGUACGAGAAGAUGUCGCGAGCACUGAGACACUACUACAAACUGAACAUAAUCAGGAAAGAAACCGGACAAAGACUUCUAUUCAGGUUCAUGAAAACCCCUGAUGAGAUAAUGAACGGACAGACAGACCGCCUGGAGCACCUGGAGUCUGACAUAGACGAACAAACAUACAUCAAAGAAGAAUGCUGAGGAAUUCUGGGAAAACAGCUCCAUGAACUUCUACUACUACAGCCGCUGAUGCCUUUCAGAAGCUGCUUGAACAAUCUUGAACCCGGAGCGUGUGAACAUCUGCUCUGCCCUACAGAGAGUCCAUCCCUGAUCUUUCUUAAGAUUGCCUUAGGAUGGUGUUUCCUCAAGUUAAUUUUUUUUUCUUGAUGGACAGAGCUAAAAGGACUUUCUAAGUGUUCCCUUUUAUCUCUAAAUGAACUGCAAAAACAAGCCAAUCACUUUGUGCUUAUGUCACUUUUAUGAUUUUUGUCUCCUCACUUGCAUUAUAAUAUGAAAUGUUUCUGUUUGUAAAAAGAAAUUGGGUGUGUGCUUGUGUGACAGGAAUGUUUUCACUAUGAAAUAAACGUUUUUGAUCAAACUGUA